AUGAACAUUUAUCAAAGUCUAAUAAACUUAUACGCAAAGCUGAAGUGUAUCCCUGUGUUCCUUAAUGAGGUUUUUGAUCAAUACUACAAUGGUUAUUGCAAUGGUAUUUUGUGGCCAAUUCUUCACCACAUGGGACUUCCACAAGAAGAUCAUAAUGAUACAAAUAAAACUUACCAACCACAAUAUGAUGCAUACAAGAAAGCAAAUCGAAUGUUUCUUGAUGUUAUCAUAGAAAACUAUGAAGAAGGAGAAAUAUAUAGUUUGGUCUACAAAACAUUGCCUUCGCGAUCAGAGCUUCUUCGUUCGAUUCUUAUGGCUGAUUUACUUGGUUUCCACACAUAUGAUUUUGCAAGACAAUUUGUGAGUACAUGCACUCGAAUUCUCGGAGUUGAAGGAACACAUGAAGGAGUUGUGGAUCAAGGCAGAGUCACUCGAGUAGCUGUUUUUCCCAUUGGAAUAGAUCCCGAUCGGUUUAUAAGAACAUGUAAGCUCCCUGAAGUUAUACAACAAAUGAAUGAGCUUAAAGAGAGAUUUGCUGGCAAAAAGGUGAUAUUCGGUGUUGAUCGUCUUGAUAUGAUCAAAGGGAUUCCACAAAAGUUUCUAGGAUUUGAGAAAUUUUUAGAAGAAAAUCCGAAUUGGCACGAUAAAAUUGUACUAGUGCAAAUUGCAGUGCCAACAAGAAAUGGUGUCCCUGAAUAUCGAAAGGUCAAAAACCAAGUGCAUGGACUCGUUGGACGCAUUAACGGUCGUUUAGUUUUUUCUCAUUUUGUCUGUCACGAUUGUUCUGUUAACUUCAAUUACCUGUGUGCACUUUACGCGAUUGCAGAUGUAAUGCUUGUAACAUCUUCGAGAGAUGGAAUGAAUCUUGUUAGUUAUGAAUUUGUUGCUUGCCAAGAGGCGAAAAAAGGAGUUCUUGUUCUCAGCGAGUUUGCAGGUGCAGGACAGUCUCUUGGUGCUGGAGCUAUUCUUAUGAAUCCUUGGAAUGUUACAGAAGUUGCUUCUGCCAUUAAAGAAGCUCUAAAUAUGCCAUCUGAAGAAAGGGAAACAAGGCACAGAGUUAACUUUCAGUAUGUGAAAACUCAUUCUGCUAAAAAAUGGGGAGAUGAUUUCAUGAGUAAACUCAAUGACACUUUCGUCGAAUCUGAGAUGCAAAUUCGGAAAAUCCCGCAUGAACUUCCACAACAAGAUGUGAUACAACGAUAUUCACAGUCUAACAAUAGACUCAUAAUCCUGGGUUUCUUUGGAACACUGACUGAGCCAAUGAAUAGUGGAAGUAAGGAAAUGGAUCUUAAACUAAACCCAGAGCUAAAAGGAACACUAAAAGAAUUAUGCAAUGAUCCAAAAACAAUAGUAGUUGUACUGAGUAGAAGUGGAAGAAACAUAUUAGAUAAAAACUUUGGAGAGUAUAAGAUAUGGUUGGUUGCGGAAAAUGGAAUGUUCUUAAGGCAUACUACUGGAGAUUGGGUAACAAAUAUGCCUGAACACAUGAACCUCGAUUGGGUCGAUGAUGCAAAGAAUGUUUUUAAGUACUUCACUGAUCUAACUCCAAGAUCGUUCUUCGAAGCAAGCGAGAAUUCACUUGUAUGGAAUUACGAAUUUGCAGAUGCUGAAUUUGGGAAAGCACAAGCAAGAGACAUGUUACAAUACUUAUGGGCAGGACCAAUUAUCUCUAAUGCAUCAGUAGAUGUUGUUCGAGGAAACCAUUCUGUUGAAAUCCAUGCGAUGGGUGAGACUAAGGGGGCAGCAAUUGGUCGUAUUUUGGGAGAAAUAGUGCAUAGAAAAUCAAUGAAUACACCGAUUGAUUUUGUCUUUUGCAGUGGUUACUUUUUGGAGAAGUUAUCUCAUGAAACUAGGUCAAAGUCUUGCUCAAGUAAUCACUCUCUAAAGAGGAAGAAGGUUUCACUGAAGGUUCUUGGCCUCGAGAAAGAGAAUUUCUCUGCAGCCAUUGGACAAUCGCACACAAAAGCUCGCUAUGUCAUUGACUCAUCUCACGAUGUUGUGGAUUUGCUCCACAAGCUUGCAGAUGCAGAUACAACAACAAUGACUGACUCAUUUUCUAAUAGCGGAUUGUAUUAG